AUGUCUCCCAAGCGGAAGCGGACAACAUCAACUAGCGGCACUCCACUGCCCACCAUCAACACUUCUGUUCGGUUUGAUGCUGUUCCAGAAACUCCAGCAGACAGUCCGAGGACUACUGUUGCCGAAGGACUACGUAAUCUUGAUAUUGAUCGACCAUCACCAUUCACAGAUGAGCAGCAUGCGAUACCAGGCUCACCCUCUCCUAGGAAGCGUCUAAAGCGCAAUCGACAUCUCGUACCCGAGGACCGACAUGAUCCAUCUGUCACAACCUCAACGCCGGAUGCCACUGCUCAGUCGAUCGUCCAUCAACCAGUUGAUAUCUUGCUUGAAAUUGGUGAGACUCCGAAUCAAGCUUUCGAACCACCGCGGUCACUACAGUCAAUCACGCCUACCGUUGAGACUAUACGUGAUGAGCAGGCAAACACACCGAUGUUGCAGUCAAGAAGACUGUUCUCGCCACCACCCGCAUUCAACCGUUCACCGCCUGUCCAGCCCCGAGAAGAUGAAGCGAUGGAGACACUGGCCCAGUCAAACGACGAAGACAAUGUCGUUGAUUCGGCGACCUUGACCUGGCAAGAGGACGAGAUCACUGGGCAGGAUAUUGACCCGAGUGCCGAUGACGACGGUGAAGGCAUCAACGGCAUUGGGUUUCGGCCGACGCCUGCUAUUGCCUACGUUCGUAGCCAAAAGCGCAGACAGCAAGUCCAGGAGUGGAAGGCUCGGGAGGCAAGGGAGGCACGACAACGAAGGAUUGAACGAAGAAGGGGAGCAGCUGCAAUCAAUGCGAAAAACGGGCACGACGUCAAGCGUGCUGUGCGAUUUGCGGAGGUCAGCGUGAUGGAGCACUAG